UCUGUUAUUAAUUUUUUUGUUUCAAUUUUGCAGAAGCUGAAUAAAAACGAUAUAAGUUAUUUAACUGAUUCUCCUCUACGUUGAAAAAUCUACUAAGGAUAAAAGUACAAGCUUUUAAAUCUCUUUCAAAAAAGCAACAUCACAAAAACAAACGUUAUGAACAUCGCUAUUAGCAUUCUCGCAAUCCUGGCCGUCGUUCUCGUCUUGGCCCAUGACACAACUGCCCGACCAACUGCACAUACAACAGAGCAAGGCCUUUACUCACGACUUAUUUCCCGUCAACACGUCAGAACUUCAGCAAGAAAACGACACGCAGACAUCCGUAUCCAAUCUGAAAUUGCCCGCCGACACAACGAGAUUCGCAGGAUAGCCGCACUUAAUAACCUCGUAAAUCAACUCGAUACCAACAAGAUUUACAGCAUGAAGGCGAAUGAAGAGGUGCCCCCAUCGAGUGUCUACCCGACCCUGCCAGCGCACAGUACGGUUAACCCAGAGCUUUUGGCGCAGCUCAAUGGACAGAAGCUACCCGGAGGAGUCAAAAUCAAAGUAGUUCACGGUAAACAGCACCGUAGCGCAAGAAAUGGUUCGCCGGCCUCGCAAUUUCAUCGGCACAUGCGCGAAGCCCAGCAAGCUAUAACGUUGGCGAAGACCUGCAGAGAUAUGCAAGAAAUGAUCGCUAGAAACAACCUCCGCUUAAGAGUCAGGUGCCACAUGAGCGGAAGACACCACGGGCACGUGCCCUUGCCGACACAUGGCACCAAAGGAUUUUAAUCUAAUUCGUUUUAUUUACAUCUUCAAAUGAUAUUUCUGCCAAUCUAUAUGCUAUCUGAAGUUGUAGGUUUUAUUCAUAUAUAUCACGCUUUACAUUCGGUGGCUUAUAGAUGUUGCAAUGCCAAGGUGUUUAUUAAGUUUUCUAUUCGUUGUUAAGUGUUUUUCCUUCGCUAAAUUCGUCUUUCCUUUUACUUGUCCAUGAUUACAAUUUUGCAUAAGAUAAAGGCUCGCCGAUAA